CGUUGUUUUGUGUCAUUUCCAAAAACUAGCCGUUGCUUCUUCCACUAUGUUUCUCAAUUCUCAUAAAAACCCUAAAUUCAUCUCUGAUUCUCUCACAAGCAAUCAAUCUCCAUAACCAUUUUUCUACUUCUAUUUCCUAAUCUGAAAAUGGCGUCAAGAACAGCCUCCAAAGACAUAAUCACACUUCGUGGUUCCGCCGCAAUCGUCAGUGAAUAUUUUGGCUAUGCUGCAAACAGCAUUUUGUACAACAGAGGAGUAUAUCCUGAAGAAAGUUUUAAGAAAGUGAAGAAAUAUGGUCUCACAAUGUUGCUUACUGAAGAUGAAGGUGUCAAGACCUUUGUUUCCAACUUGACUGCCCAACUUGCUGAGUGGUUGGAAACUGGAAAGCUACAAAGGGUGGUUCUUGUCAUCAUGAGUAAGGCCUCUGGUGAGGUAUUAGAAAGGUGGAAUUUCAGUAUCGAAACUGAUAGUGAGGUUGUCCAGAAAGGUGUUUCAAGAGAGAAAAGUGAUAAAGAAAUAAUGAGGGAAAUUCAAGCGAUUAUGAGGCAAAUAGCGUCCAGCAUCACUUAUUUGCCGUGCCUUGAGGAACCAUGUGUGUUUGAUGUGUUAGCAUACACUGAUAUGGAUGUUGCAGUUCCAUUCACUUGGAUUGAGAGUGACCCUAAACUGAUUGCGAAUCCACAAAUGGUGAAACUGCACUCUUUUGACACUAAGAUUCAUAAGGUUGACACAUUGGUUUCAUAUAAGAAUGAUGAUGAAUGGGAUGAGUCCUAGACCAUGGAUCCUUGUUGUACCUUACUUUUGUUGUCAUUGUGAAUCAUUGAUUCACAUUUUGUAUGUUAGAUUGUGUAAACCUUGAAACAUCUAUUAGUUUGUAUCCUGAAUGAGUAUUGAAGGAAAUUGAACAAUUAGAUCAAUUUCUCCGUGUGAACAUGUUUUUUGCCUUGUGAAAUAUAUUUGGGUACUUUUUUACA